AUUGAAACUGUGGGGCUAUAUGGGAAGAUAAAGCGAAUAAAAUUUUAUCCAAAGUCAAAAAUAUGAAUUGAAUUUCUCGGGAUAACACCACUUGAGGGAUAAGGCUUGGGCUUAAUAUACAGCGGUAAGGGUGACCUCUCAUCCCUCAAUUCAAUUCGUUUUUGAAUGUUUUAUCCAACUAGAAUGCGAUCCAAAAGAUGCAGACUAGCUGAUACGUGACACCAUGGACCUACCACUAGUCUCUACACACUACACCCAAGGCGAAGGAACGGUCCACCCUAAGGAGCUAGGAUGGCUGGUCCAACAGUCACUGAAUGGGUAUAUGAUGUAUCUUAUCAUUUAUGUGAUAUAGUGUCCCAGCACUCUAUUAUUAACUCCUGGGCCAAGGUCUACCAGCGUAGAAACUGCUAAAGUAAUUAGUAUUCUUGCCAAAGCUCCAGAAGGGAAUAGGUUUUUGGAUCAACUGUGAAAGAGUCGAGAUAUGAACUAUGGCCGCAACAAUGAACUCUCACCAUUUUAUUCAUUACGUCUCUGAAUGUCUUGUCCAACCAAAACACAUUCCACAAGAUUCAGAGCAACGAAUAUACUUGGCACCAUGGGAUCUAUGUCUGGCCUCAUUACACUACAACCAGAAAGGCCUCCUUUUUGCCAAGCCUCCGGCUUUUGAUAGCGAGGGGAAAAUGAAGGACUACUUGCAGAAGCUCAAAGAAUCUCUUUCGCUUACCCUGGUUCAUUUCUAUCCCUUAGCUGGACGCCUUGCGACUCUAAAACAGGAAAAUCCUCCAAUUUAUUCCAUCUAUGUUGAUUGCACGAAUCUUCCCGGAGCUAAAUUUGUUCACGCAUCAGUAGACUUGACCAUUGACGAUAUUCUCACACCUAUCUAUAUGCCCAAAAUUGUAUAUUCAUUCUUUGAUCAUGUUGGUGCAGUCAACCAUGAUGGUCAUUCCAUGUCUUUGAUGAGCAUUCAGGUGACAGAGUUAAAGGAUGGCAUCUUCAUUGGAUGGUCAACCAACCAUUUGCUGGUGGAUGGGACGUCAUUUUGGCAUUUCAUCAACACAUGGUCCGAGGUGUUCAAUGCCAAGGGGCAAAUUUCAACCAUCUCCAGACCACCUAUUUUGAAACGUUGGUUUCCUGAGGGACACAGAUCCCCUGUUAUCAGCCUUCCAUUUGCUCACCAUGAUGAAUUCAUCAGCAGAUUUCAAACCCCUGAGUUGCUGGAAAGGUAUUUCCACUUUUCAGCAGAGUCAUUGGCGAAACUCAAAGCAAAAGCAAAUGCUGAAUGCAACUCCACCACUAUUUCUACCUUCCAGGCACUGUCAGCUCUCCUUUGGAGGUGUAUCACCAGGGCUCGAAACAUGCCAUCUGAUCAACAGACGAGUGCUGGAACGUCUGUAAACAGCAGGUUAAGGAUAAAUCCGCCCUUGUCCGAGGAAUAUUUUGGUAACUGUGUGCAGGUAGUGGCAGUAACAACUACUUGUGGUGAAUUGCUGACAAAUGGACUAGGAUGGGCGGCCUGGAAAUUGCACGAGCUGGUGAUCAAUCAAACGGACAGAAGUAUACGCGAAUGGGUUGAAUCAUGGGUGAAAUCGCCCUUUAUAGUUUGGAUUGGCCGGUUUUCCAACAGGAUCCAAAUUGGAAGUUCUCCCAGGUUCAAUGUUUAUGGGAGUGAAUUUGGACUUGGCAGAGCAUUAGCAGUUCGAAGUGGUUUUGCCAACAAACCUGAUGGGAAAAUAACGUUGUUUCCCGGAAGAGAAGGCGGAGGAAGCAUGGACGUGGAGGUUUGUCUUCUACAGCAAACUAUGAGUUUUCUAGAAUCUGACCAGGAAUUCAUGGAGAAUGUCUCAUCAUAAAGUUCCCUUUGAAAUGAUCUUGGUGAUCAUUCCAUAAGAUCAAGAAAUGGGCUCAUCAUUCCUUUAGGAGACGUGGUUAGGCAGCACUCUGAACCUUACAUUCAGAUAUUUCUAGUCCAUGGAUUAGUAGAAUGUACUUCAGGGAAAAAAAAAAAAGAA